AGGAAGCGGAGACGCUGGGAAGUGAAGUGAUUUGCUCGAGAUAACUGGUAAAUGCAGACUUCAGAUUCUACUCCAAGGCACGCUACCGUUCUGACCUGAAAGUUCUCCGGAGCCCGCGCCCUCUGCUCGCCGCUCAUGCCACUGGGACUCGGGCGGCGGAAAAAGGCACCGCCUCUGGUGGAAAAUGAGGAGGCCGAGCCGGGCCGGGGCGGGCUGGGCGUGGGCGAGCCAGGGCUCCUGGGCGGGUCUGGGGUAGGGGGCCCCCAGAUGGGCCUGCCGCCCCCUCCCCCAGCCCUGCGGCCCCGCCUCGUUUUCCACACCCAGCUGGCCCACGGCAGCCCCACCGGCCGCAUCGAGGGCUUCACCAACGUCAAGGAGCUGUACGGCAAGAUCGCGGAGGCCUUCCGACUGCCAGCGGCCGAGGUGAUGUUCUGCACCCUCAACACCCACAAAGUGGACAUGGACAAGCUGCUGGGGGGACAGAUCGGGCUGGAGGACUUCAUCUUCGCCCACGUCAAGGGGCAACGCAAGGAAGUGGAAGUGUUCAAGUCGGAGGAGGCUCUCGGGCUCACUAUCACAGACAACGGGGCUGGCUACCACCUACCUCAGCGUAUCAAGGAAGGCAGUGUGAUCGACCACAUGCAGCUCAUCAGUGUGGGCGACAUGAUUGAGGCCAUCAACGGGCAAAGCUUGUUAGGCUGCCGGCACUACGAGGUGGCCCGGCUGCUCAAAGAGCUGCCCCGAGGCCGAACCUUCACGCUGAAGCUCACAGAGCCCCGCAAGGCUUUUGACAUGAUCAGCCAGCGUUCAGGGGGUGGCCGCCCUGGCUCUGGCCCAUCAGUAGGCACUGGCCGAGGGACCCUGCGGCUUCGAUCCCGGGGCCCAGCCACCGUGGAGGAUUUGCCCUCGGCCUUUGAGGAGAAGGCGAUUGAGAAAGUGGACGACCUGCUGGAGAGUUACAUGGGCAUCAGGGACACAGAACUGGCGGCCACCAUGGUGGAGUUAGGCAAGGACAAAAAGAACCCGGAUGAACUGGCCGAAGCCCUGGACGAGCGGCUUGGUGACUUCGCCUUCCCUGACGAGUUCGUCUUUGAUGUCUGGGGUGCCAUCGGGGACGCCAAGGUUGGCCGCUACUAGGCCAUCAUGCCCUGGACCUUGCAAUGACGUGGGCUUGGCCUGGGGACCUCAAGAGGGGCCACCGGGCCCCGGGCCCUACCCAGAGGGUGGUGUGGAAUAGAGGUGUACCUGCCCCACAUCAAUCGGUACCACUCCCUCCUCGUUCCCCAGUAUAGCCGGGGUCCCCAGGCCCUCCACCCUGCCCCCCACCUACCUCAGCCCGGUUAGGCGCUGCAGGAAGGGAUCUGCCAAAUUGAGCGGCUGUCCCCGCCCACAACUUUCCACAUCAGCUGCCAAACUGGCCCCUCUGUCUCCCUGGGGCCUUGGGUUCUGUUUGGGGCCGCGACCUCCUCAGUUGCCUGACGCAGGGAAUGUAGAAGGGGGGCACCACCACCACCCCCUCAGCAGAUGCAAUAAUAUCCUCCCUUCUGCUACCACCACCCCCCCAAAGGAGCCCCUCACCCUGAAGUCUGUUACCUCUGAAUUUGAAUGAGUCUGCUGUGAACCCCACCCUCCCCUGCCUCUCCCCACCACCUAGCCUGGACCUGCCUGGAAGGGGGGACUGGGCGAGGGCGAUGGGCUUUUGUAUCGGACUUUACGGUCGGACCAUAAAGAAUCUAUCUGCUGUUGGA